AUGUAUUUAAUAGUUAAACGAUCUUCUAAAACUGCUAAUCCAAAGAAACGCCAACAACUAACUAUGCAAACAAGUAAUAAAAAACCAUGCAAGUUACCGAAAGUUGAUUUAACAAAUACAGAAAAAGAAAACACCCAUGAAUUGCCAAUGACGUUAAUGGAAAAAUUAGAGUAUGAAGAACGUAUGCUGAUAAUUGCAGAACGAAAAGAAAAAUUAAGAGAAUUACGAAUAGCUAAUACUAUUAAGGAACGUGAAUUAG